ACCAGUUUGGGGGAUCUGGUCUUACUGUAUGCAGUCAGGAUCUGAAUUAAAGAACUGUUUACCUUUGGAUGGAAACAGUGAUUGGAGCCAUGAGCUCAUCUGCUCAGGUCUGCUGGUUGAGCCGCUCAUCUUCCUCUCUUCCUCCACUGACGGGGUCUCCACAGGCAGAAAGCAGGGGUCUGAGCUCCUCAUUGGCUCAAAUUUCAGCAUCAUGUGCUCCAUCAGACCUCAGUAUGAAGGCGGCUCCUUCCAGCUCAUCUUCAGCACCUCUAACUACACUCAGAACCAGACCCUGCCAGCUGUUGAUGACUCCGCCCUCUUCCUGUUCUCUGCUGCUGGCCACGCCCACCAAGGAACCUACCGCUGCGUUUACCACGUCUACGUUUUCUCCUAUAACUUCUCCUCUAUCAGCCAGCCUCUCAAGCUCACUGUCUCAGGUAAACUCAUGGAGUCCAUCAGGAAAAGUUCUGCUUCAGUUUCAGCCUCUCCCACUGCUUUGAUCAUCAGACUGGUUGUCGUCCUGCUGGGUAUGCUGGGAUCAGUCCUGGUCAUCUACUUUAAGGCCAGGAGAAACCAGAAGUCUGGACCAGAAAACAACCAUCAUGAUGAAGGAUCCAGAGCUGAAGGCAGCUUAGAGGAGGAGACUGCAGUCUGAAGGAACCAGGAGAAAAUGAUCUUCAUUUCACAUCCGCAGGAAGGAGCAGAGACAUGUUUCAGACUCCUGGAAAUCUAUCCGUCUAUGUAUCUAUGAUAAAAUGUCUCUGUGCUCCUGCAGCAGGAAGGAAGUUCAACAUUCAGAAAUUUGUAUCUGGACUAAACCUACUUAAGUUAAACUUAUAUAAGAAGGGAACACAAAACAAAACAUUCAACAAACAAAAUAUAACAGAAAACCCACUUCAUCAAAAUCUGAUCUUCAUCAACCUUGCAAGGAUAGCAUAUGAUAGGAUAUUUGGGGUCAAAGGUCAGGUAGCCAAUUCCAUCAGGCCAUGAACCCAGCUUGUGUCCUUGUCUUAGUUGAAUUGUGUGACAAAUGUAAUAUAGUUGAUCCUGGCUUGUAAUACUUUGUCCUGCCUGUAGGUGGUGUAUGUCAUCACUGCCAUGAUAAUCCAUCCAAUACAUCCAGUUCCCACAAGUCUGAACCAGAUGUGAUCUGCGCCAUCUUAGUAGGGAAGUGCAUGCACAAUGCAUAGUGGACCCAUGGCUCCGAGACCAACACAAAGAAAACAUGCCGACCCUCUUGACCAAUGUGUGAGAGAGAAAUACAUGAACAAAAUGGCUGCCGUCGAGAUCGGCCCGUAUGAGACGGAGAAGGAAAAUUUAUCAGACGAUGUGAACAAGCUGCCUCUGAUCUCCUACUACGAUAAAGUUAACUACGUAGUCAACACAAAGAGUGCAUACGCCGUAAACGAGCUUCACUGCCUGAAAUUCAUGGACGCAUAUAAUUAGUAUUUCAACAGCUUUUUAAAGGAGAGAAAAUCUCUCUGUGUGAAUAAUGAGGUUCUGGUGACUGGCAGACCAAGUACAUGUAGCAACAAACAUGCAGGCUACAUGUCUGCUUAGCUUGCAGAUGGGAUGGAACAUUUUAUAGUUACUAUGAUUAUGAGUGAAUUAAUGCAUAACAGUGUUAUGAUUCUUGUGUAAAGCAUGUGCUCAUGGGAAAGUCUUCUGAAGCUGUUUCUCUGAACUCUGUAUUAUUAUAAAGUUGUAGAAUAUUUUCUUCUUUGCAUUCUUAUGACAUCCUUAAAUGUUUAAUAUGCUUUAUGACAGAAAAUGCAUAUGCUUGCAGUCAGUUUUGUAGCUAAGUAGAUUGUUAAACUGUGUGAAUUUAAUGAAACCUUUCCUAUAAAACAAUAUGCUGUGUUUUGCUUGAGGCUCUUUCUCCUGACUGUGUUCAGUGAGCAGAGACUCCAAAUGCUGUAAAGCCUUCAAAUAAAUAUUGACAAAGAAUUUA